UGGACCCGCAUCACAGAUUCCAGGUUUGUCCUCAACUGCCAACGACACACCUGAAGAAAAAACGAAAGGAGGACGACGUGUAGGACUUCAGGCCUCUGACUCGGAUUAUGUUAGAUUGGCAAAACAAGGAGGACAAAAAGGUUUGCUGUGGCAUGAAGAUCCUGUUGAAAAUCCAGAUAGUUCCUACACACCGUCUAAUUUUCUCUGUGAUACUCUAGAUGGUCAAGAUAGCAGGAGUAAAGCAGCUACCCCUGAUGGAGAACGCAAGCAUCAGUCUAAAGGGGCCGCAAAGCCACUGGAGGCCCCAUUUGGAACUGAUAACUGUUCUGCAUGGGACAGGGAGACUGAUAAGACCACUGACUCGGUUUACCCUUGCUAUGGCUAUGAGCAAAAUACCCCACAUCACUUACAGAACCUCAGAUCUUCUGCCCCCGCCCCCAUUUAUGUUUAGGAAUCAUCUAAUCACAUUAUCACUUAUUUAUUAUUUUGUCUUCUCUGAUUUUUAUUCAUUUGUUCCUUUGCUAUUUCUUUUUGAAUUGCUGGAUGAUUUGUUUUUCAUUAUUACGAAUUCAUCACACAAGGAGAUCAACAAUGCUACAUCAGGCAUGGAGAAAGUCUCCCUAAGCCCAAAAGAUAUCGAGGAGACCAACAGGUUCAAAAAAACGUCCCAUGAUAAGAAGACCGCAGCUCCGGUAAGCAUGUCCAAACUGUUAAGCUUUGGUUACGUAGAGGAGGAGAAGAAAUCUCCCAAUGAUGAUGAUACUUCAAGCAUGGCCUCUGAGCAGACCAGCACCAUUGCACCAGAAGACGAGUUAGAAUAGAUGUUGUCCCCCUAAAUCCUUCUUCAAAAAUUGUUCUUCUCAAGUGUCCACAUACAUCAACACCUUACUCCGCUUUAAACAAGACCAGCUUUUAGUCGUCUGAUAAACAUUGCUGUCAUCAUUCUGCAUCUUUAUCUAAACUACAAGUGUGUGUGUGUUAUGCUCACAUAUCUACGGUGCUCGUGAACUAUACCCCUAUAAAGAAGUAAUAUUGUGUCACUACUACUUACAAACUGAAGGGUGUGUGCAACAUAAACUAAACUGUAUAUGCAUUGAACGUUGAUGCCAAGUUGAUGCUAAUUUUUCUUAAUUUUGUAAUAUGAGUUGUUUCUAACGCUAUUUAUUUUAGCAGUGCGGCAAAACUUUAAAAAAAACUUUAGACGGCACAGUUGAUCCAUUUAUCGCACGUAGACAGACAGGAUGUAUUUAUGCUACGUUAAACUACCUUUUCCCAUAGUUCUUUUAUGGCAUCGCAAUGAAGAAACUUUUAAGCACCUUUAUUUUUUAAGUGUGUGCAUUAAUUGACCAAGAAAUAAGGUGAUGCCCUUGUUAAGGAUAUAAGAACAAGAAGGGGAUUCAGGAAGUUUGCAAUUGUGAAUGUCUGUUUUGUUGAUAGAGUUGAUGUGAUAGGACAGUAAAUAAUAAUCUCGGAUUAUGUUGUUUUGUGUUUUAUGCUGCGUAAUUAAUUUAGGUUCGUAAAAGAUGUUUACACUUGCUGUGAGUUAACGUCUACAAGUGAAAAUGAAUAAAAUCGCAUGUGCAUGAAA